UUAUGCAGGGAUAAGUACAACUAAAAGAUAAUUUAGUGCUUUGACAACUUUGCUGAUAACUAUAAGUAAAAAGCCUAUAACUUUAUGGAUAAGCCCAGUGCAUUGUCCAAAGUAAUUCAUGCAUUUACUUAUAAAGCCACUCUGUCUUUCAGAGCAGUCAUUGAUGUUCAAAUAAAACUUAAAAAAAGCUUAAUAAUCUAAGUUGCGGGCUGCUUCAGAUGGACAGCACAAUCUAAAUGACCGUCCUAGAUAUAAAAAGUAAUCCAAUGGGAGUAAACAGCUUUGCAGGAAGAGGUUUUCUGGCUGUGGACCAUUGAGCAAGUGAAUGAUGGAUUACAUGAUCUUCAUCAAUUUGUCCUCAAGUAUGAGGACAAGGGAAAAACGAAAAAGACCAAAAUCCUACAAAGUUCAGGACAUCUAUAAUGAAAAUUCUUUUUUGUGGCUGUUCUAUUCUGAUUGGUGGAAAUAACACUUUAGGUUAUAAACUGCCUACCUGCUUCUUAUGACAGGACUUCUUACUUACAAUACAAAGAACUUUAGAUUAAGAAACUGCAACAGUUAGAAUACCAUAUCCGGCAUAUGAAAAGAGGAUUAUGAUAUGACCACUGAUGGAUUUGUUCUUAGAUUGUCAACCUUGUAUUAUGGCUUCAGAGAGGAUAACCAUGUAAAGUGGGUGCGACCUGAUGAGGAAAAAGGUGUCAGGAAUCUGAAAAAUUGAUAUGGGCAACGGUAAACAUGACAGAGCACUGCUUCUGGAAUAACAAGCACCACAAUGUGGGCCACUUAGGAAAGAGAGAUACACAGCUAAGAUAUCCAUUGGCACUUCUUUUCCUCCUGAUAAGUCUCUCCCUUACAAUUAUUCCCACUUCUUACCUUGUUCUGCUUCUUUUUAAGGGAAACCUUCAGCGUUCCACAAAGCCUCUAUGACUUCCUAUCACUUCGUCUUCAGAAAACUUGUUUCUCAUACUUUUCCCUCUUCAUCUUCGAAAGAAACUAAUACGGUUCCAAAUGGAACAGGAGGAACUAGGAGAGAAAGCAGCCAACAACCAAAAGUCAGAAACAUGUACCAGUGAUUACAAUGACAGUGAAGUCGGCGAUGAUGGUUCAGAGACAUGGUUGGACCUGACCCUCAGUGGGAGAAUCUCAUCAACAACCGGAAGCUCUUCUACUUCCCAAUCAAAAUCUGCUCCACACAAGAUGUUCUCGUGCAACUUCUGCAUGAGGAAGUUCUUCAGUUCACAAGCUUUGGGUGGGCAUCAGAAUGCCCACAAGAGGGAGAGGGGUGCAGCUAGAAGGACUCACCAAUCACAAAGGUUGAUGAUGGGUUCACCAUUUAAUGCUCCUUUUCUUCAAUUUCUACAAGUUCACCCUCACUCAAUUGUUCACAAGCCACAAAGAGAAGGAGGGAUAGCGACGGUGGCAAGAUUUGGUGACAUCAGUUCCAAUGUCAAAAUGACAUGGACACCUUUUGCCCCUGAAGAAGCAACAGGUAUGAAGUGGCCUGGAAGUUAUCAAUUGAAUUCUCAACUGCCCAAGCAGCCAUCAGAGCAACAAAAGCUUGACCUGAAUCUCCGACUUUAGUAUGUUCACAACUCAUGUCUCUGGCCUGAUCAGUUCAGCCUAGAUUUAUUCAUCAAUCAUAAAAAACUGACUGGUUUAGGCCUUGAUCCAACAUAAAGAGUUCAUUUCUACCUUAAGGAAUAUAUGUGAUAAUCGAGAAAAAUAUAAGUUGAGUAUUUUCAGUGAUUGUUUUAGCAGAAGUGAGUAUUCAACUUGCAACUCCCC